CACCACAGACACGGAUAGCAGCAAUCAAACGUGAGCUCGAUCGGAUCAGCUAGCUAUGGAUAACGCAGCCAUUGCCAUCCUCUCCAUCGCCAUCCUCUUCUUGCUCCACUACUGCCUGGUGGGCCGCCGCGGCGGCGAUGGCGGGAGCAAGGCGGCGCGGAUGCCGCCGGGGCCGCCGGCCGUCCCGGUGCUGGGACACCUCCACCUCGUCAAGAAGCCGAUGCACGUCACCAUGUCCCGCCUCGCCGAGCGGUACGGGCCGGUGUUCUCUCUGCGCCUCGGGUCUCGCCGCGCGGUGGUGGUCUCGUCGCCGGAGUGCGCCAGGGAGUGCUUCACCGAGCACGACGUGACCUUCGCCAACCGGCCCCGGUUCGAGUCUCAGCUGCUGGUUUCGUUCAACGGUGCCGCGCUCGCCACGGCCAGCUACGGCGCGCACUGGCGCAACCUGCGCCGGAUCGUCACCGUCCAGCUGCUCUCCGCGCACCGCGUCAGCCUCAUGUCGGGGCUCAUCGCCGGCGAGGUGCGCGCCAUGGUGCGGCGGAUGUACCGCGCGGCAGCCGCGUCUCAAGGCGGCGCCGCGAAGAUCCAGCUGAAGCGGAGGCUGUUCGAGCUCUCCCUCAGCGUGCUCAUGGAGACCAUCGCCCAGACCAAGGCGACCCGCCCCGAGACGGACCCGGACACGGACAUGUCCGUGGAAGCGCAGGAGUUCAAGCAGGUCGUCGACGAGAUCAUCCCGCACCUCGGCGCGGCCAACCUGUGGGACUACCUGCCGGCGCUGCGGUGGUUCGACGUGUUCGGCGUCAAGAACAAGAUCCUCGCCGCAGUAAGCCGGAGAGACGCGUUCCUUCGCCGUCUGAUCGACGCGGAGCGGCGGAGGCUGGACGACGGCAACGAGAGCGAGAGCGAGAGCGAGAAGAAGAGCAUGAUUGCCGUGCUGCUCACUCUGCAGAAGACUGAGCCAGAGAUCUACACUGAAAAUAUGAUCACGGCUCUUUGUGCGAACCUGUUCGGGGCAGGAACAGAGACAACCUCAACGACGACAGAAUGGGCCAUGUCACUGCUGCUGAACCACCCCGAGACGCUCAAGAAGGCACAGGCAGAGAUCGACGCAUCCGUCGGCAGCUCCCGCCUGAUCGAUGCCGACGACGUGCCGCGCCUCGCCUACCUCCAGUGCGUCGUCAGGGAGACGCUCCGCCUGUGCCCCGCCGCGCCGAUGCUCCUCCCCCACGAGUCGUCUGCCGACUGCAAGGUCGGCGGCUACAACGUGCCCCGCGGCACGAUGCUACUCGUCAACGCGUACGCCGUCCACCGCGACCCGGCGGCGUGGGAGGAGCCGGAGAGGUUCAUGCCGGAGAGGUUCGAAGGCGGCCGGUGCGACGCGCUGCUCCUGAUGCCGUUCGGGAUGGGGAGGCGGCGGUGCCCCGGCGAGACGCUGGCACUGCGCACGGUGGCGCUGGUGCUGGGGACGCUGAUCCAGUGCUUCGACUGGGAGAGAGUCGGCGGCGCGAAGGUCGACAUGGCUGCAGGCGGCGGGCUCACCAUGCCGAAGCUCGUGCCUUUGGAGGCCAUGUGUAGGCCUCGGGAUGCCAUGGGUGGUGUUCUUCAGGGACUCCUAUAAAUGUUCUGGCGUUGCCAGUAUUUUCCGGAUGAACGCAUGUACAAAAGUAAUACUUUUUACUAAGGUACUAAAAAUUUUGAUAAUAAAAAAACUCAUAAAACUAUGUCGUAAUAAACUUAUCGUGUUGUUAGAAUAUAAAUUACACAUAUUUUAUAGAGUACCAGGAGUGUAGGAAGAGAGUGGCUUCAUUAGCAUUAGCUCUUUGAGAGGUGUGCUUUAGUGAGGGAUCAGUUUGUAUUCAAGUGAAACAAUCCUGUAUAAAGUAUAAUUAUAUUGCCAUGUAUUUCGGCUUCAUAUUAUAAUUGUGUGGUAUGCUUAUUGAAAUACUAAAACAGUUCAUAUUGGA